AUGCCUAAGGUGUCACUCAAGCCCAAAACUUACAAGCCCAUCAUUGUCGACACCGGCAACAAUCUUGGCAAAAGGUGCCGUGAGAUUGCUGCCCAAGCCAAGUUAGAUGACAUUGCUGCCGCAAAACGGCUCCGCAAGCGGGAGCAAAACGCGGUGUUGAAGCAACUCUUGCCCAGCUUCGUUUCUGCGUCCAAGGAGGGCCAGGUGACCGCUUAUAUGUCUCGCGCAUCUCUGGUGUGGUUCCUCCGUUUUCCCGACCUGACAGAGGAGGAGGUGUUUGUCCAUGAAAACUUCAAGGAUGACCCAGCCUACGAAGAAUAUAUUCGAGACGCACGCCGAAAGUGGAUGCGCAAGAAGCUCUCUUGGAUGUGUGGGAGCUUCGCAACUACCGAGGAUGGACCAAAGCCCGAGAAACCCAUUUGGGUGUUAGAGUUGAACUUGGCAGCGCAGGAAAUUUUGAGCAAGUUGGAAACACCUUGGAAAUGGGACCCUGAGGCGUUGGCGGCGUUGGAGGCCAUAGAGAAGUGCUUGGCUCCAUGCGAGAGGUCCGACCGUCCAAUGAAGAGAAAGGGGAAGGCCAAGGAGAAACGUUAUGUCGUCGUGCGUGGCUCUGACGACGACGAGCGCCAGGACGUUUCUAUCCCGCAAUCUCGGACCAUCCACUUUUCCAACAAAGGACUUCACAUCCUUCAAACCCCUCUUUCCCCGCAAAAAGCUGCAUCUGCCUCUCGUCGCAGUCCGUCGCCUCAGUAUGAGUGGAAUCCAAGUACCGAGUACGACAACAUAGAAGAGCCACUCCACGAAUUGGAAGGGGAACUACUGGACCAAAUUUCAACUGUAGCUGAGAAGGUUGCAGCUAAACGCUAUCCAACCUCGGACGCCCCUUUGCGUGAAUGGGCAGGAGCUACACUUCAAGAGCCUGGCUGCCGAGAAGAAUAUCUCAUGGAAAUGUUGAGGUUAGAGGGACGGGGAGACAGGUCGACGGAAGACCAGUGCAUAUCUUGCCUCGCUGGGGGUGGCAUCUACCGUUGCGAAGAUUGUAUGGGCCGCUUGAUGGAGUGCCUUGGUUGCUGCUUGAACCGCCAUGAGCAGCUCCCUUUGCAUAUCAUCCAGGCUGGUUUCUAUCACUCCUCCUCUACUCGUUCUGAUUAG